UUUAACUGUUGAUCCACGUCAAUUCGAAACCCAACCAAAUUUGCUCCUUUCCUUUCAUUGUAAAAUUUGCAUUUUAAAUAUAUUUUUUUUAUCAUAACGCUCUGAAAUUUUUUGAUUAGUGUGCGAAGAGAAUGCUACUUACUGUACUAGAAGCGUUACUUUCUCAAUAAACCCUGAUUUUCUUUUUUCUAUCAUUUUCCCGAGAAUUUUUCAAGCAUCAACAAGAAAGAAAUACCCAGAAAAUCUACUUAUUCAGAAGGUAUGUUCAAGAACCAAUUGCAAGAGUUGGCUCAAAGAAGUUGCUUUAAUCUACCAUCUUAUUCGUGCAUCCGGGAAGGCCCUGAUCAUGCUCCUCGGUUUAAAGCUACUGUAAACUUUAAUGGAGAGACCUUUGAAAGCCCUAUGUUUUGCUCUACUUUGAGACAAGCGGAACACGCUGCCGCAGAAAUAGCUCUAAAUACACUUGCCAACAGAGGCCCUUCCAGAGCAUUGGCUGCAAGAGUUUUGGAUGAAACCGGUGUUUAUAAGAACUUGCUUCAAGAGACUGCUCAUAGAGCAGGCUUAAAUCUUCCUGUCUACACCACUGUUCGAUCUGGACCAGGCCAUAUUCCUAGUUUUUCAUGCAUGGUUGACCUUGCUGGGAUGAGCUUUACAGGGGAUCCCGCUCGGACUAAGAAACAAGCUCAGAAGAAUGCAGCAAUGGCUGCAUGGUCAGCCCUGAGAAAGUUGUCUCAGUAUGGUUCAUCGUCGUCUUCAUCACCUUCAUUGGAGUUUAAAGGAAAACAAGAACAAGAGCAAGUUGUCAUUGCUCAUUUCCUUUCAUCGUUACGACCAUCUGAAGUGAGACCGUCUAUGCAAAACGAUUAUCGAUAUGAAAAGCACAGAUCAGUCCCUGUAUGUCGAGACCUAACCCCACCAAAUCAAAGCUUAUAUUCUGCGCACGGUGAAAGUUGGCCUUACCCUAGCUUUCCCCUUGAAAUGACCAUGCCCAUAUACCAAAUAUGGCAGCAAGAACAACUAUUGCAGUUGCAAAGCCAUCUGUUUUCGUUUCCGGUUUCUCCUGUUCCUCCACCUGCUCCUCAGUUUCUUCCUAUUUUAGACCUGGAUCGUCAUCUUCAAGCUAGAGGCCAGGAACCAAGAUUUAUGUCUCCAAGGAUUGCCAUUUCUACAACACACCCUUCUCUUUACAUCUCUAAUCAUUCAGCUUCUCAACCAACCAUGGGUAAAUCUACAGUGACCAUUCAAGAGAUACAUGAAGAGAUAAAAGAAGAAUCACCCAAAAGCCCUCCUCCACGCUUAGUUAACGAUCGGCUUGUUCCAGGUCAAACUAAUGCUGAAACAGGUAUCGGUGAAUCAAAACAGGAAGACCACAAACAGAAGAACACCGAGUUGGAAAGCAAAAGUGAUACUGGUCAUAGGAAAUCUGAUGCUGGUUCUCGGCCUGUCAACAACCGAUUACAAAAUCCACAUGCCUUUGAGUCUUCUCAUCUUCGAUCACAGUAUCCUCCAUGGACAAGUUAUUACGGAAAUUCUAGACCAGCACCAUCCUAUGCAGCGGCUCCUCCGACGAUCCGAACUGUAAGCCCGAUUUCUUCCAUGAGACCGAACAUGCAAGAGCCAACAACUCAGGUUCCUGUCCUGCCAAGAAUGAGAAUUGGAGCUCCGCCAUUUUCAACCAGGCCGAGCUUCGAGAGAACGAACCUUGGCAGUAUGCAUCACAGCUCCAUUGCACCACCUGUUAGAAUACGGUCUGUUGUACCGGUCUGUUCGGCUCCACCAUCAAGAAAAACACCAAAUUUCAACAAGGAGAGGCUAUUGCCCAACAAAGAGAAGAAAGAUACAGUAGCUGAGGAUCUAUCAACAGCAGUUUCAGAAUUUAGUAAGCUUAGCAUGUAGACGGGGAAUACACUGCUUUUGACUUUUAAAUUAAUUAUAAUAAUAUUAAUUGUAUUCGCAAUCGUGAUAAAUGUAAUAAGACGUUAAUUUAAAUCCAGAAUAUAGCAAUGCAUAGAUAAAUACCUGUAUAAAACUGAAAUUCAUAUUUUAAAAAUUUCUGCUUUCACUUGCUUA